AUGAGCGAGACGUUUGCACGAUUUAGAUUAACGGCAUACAUUAUCUUCUUCUUACUAUCAGUAGCAGUUCUAGGGUUAGCUGCGAAUUUUGCGAGCGAGUUUCUCCCACACCUACAUUCCGACUUCAUCACAUUCUCCCUCGUCGUCUCCGUUGCCUCGAUCGUAUGCUUGAUACUUCUGCUCUCAUGGAGUCAGCCCAGAACAGAGAUCAUCUUCGUCGUUAUUGUCGGCAUUUUGUGGUUAUCUGAGGCUUCAUGGGCACAAGAUAUUAUCGGACAUGUCCAAUGCUCCGAUGUACCAAGCUCCGACACAAUACCGACAAAGAGCGGGACCACGUCUUCACGAGGCUAUUGCCGACAAAUGAAGGUUAUUGAGGCAUUUUCGUGGAUGCUCUUCGGCUUAUUUUUCAUAUCGUUCUGGAUCAUCAUCGCGCUUGCGUCUCGCGCAGUCACCCAAGGCAACGAAUACGCUUGGCGACAACCCAUCCCUGAGCUCCCAUGGUUUGGCGAAUCCGUGGGGUACUACGGCAUGGAAGAGGGACUCAGAGGCGGAGGCUAUCCCGGGCAGCCGUACCCUUCUCCUUACCCGCAAGCGCUGCCUGGGCAGCCUCUACCUAUGACACGCGCAGGGAGCCAUGGUAUGAUGGCUCAAGCGGCUCCCGGCCCCCGCGUCGGUCAUCAACAACCUGGACAGUCCCUAUUGGUCCAUCCAGGGCAGGGUGGUACUGGGGUGACCCAAGUUCCUGGAUACGUGCAAAGCGUCGUAUGA